CAACUCAUSAUGCCUAAUUGUUUACAAUCUGUUCGACGAAACAUGGCUGCUGUCAAGUGAGCUGUUGAUGGUGCACCGAACAGUUACAAUUCACUUAUAUGUUCUCUUAAAUUAUUUAUUUUAAAUAUUUUAAUUCAUAACAGUGUAUUGUGACGGGGAUAGUUUCAAUAGUCUSCGUUUUACUUUGGAACAGUCACAAAUUCCUUCACCCGCGAUAACGUGCCAGUUAGCWUYACUAGCUAGCUAGCUCAAGGAGAACAAUGACGGCAAGCUCAUCGGGUGGAAACACCUGUCUCACUGCUAAAGGUUUGGACAUUAGUCUCGCAGCCCUGCAAAGACAAGAUCCUUACAUCAACAACAUUGUAGAUGUAGCGAGUCAAGUGGCGUUGUAUACUUUCAACAACCGAUCAAAUGAAUGGGAGAAGACUGACGUGGAGGGGACCCUGUUUGUCUACACAAGGUAUGAUGGCUCUUUCUCUAUGUACUUCCCCGCCUCUUCGAGGAUUCCGUUCCUACUCUACAGGAAUGCUCGCUUAGCUAUCUAUGGCAUCUGGUUCUAUGAUAAGGCGGACUGCCAGCGCAUCGCAGAGCUUAUGAAGUACUACUUGCCACUGUCUGACGAAACAGGAACAGGCCCUAGCCAGCGGGGUCAACAGGAACAGGCCCUAGCCCAGCGGGAUCAACAGGGUCAGGGGGGCUUGGUGUCUCCUCGAGCCCUGGAGGCAGCAGGGAAACCUGGGAAGGGACAAGGAGUGGACAUCCUGCAGAUGCUGACCAAAGCUCGCAAUGAGUAUGACAAGGGUGGUCAGCCAGAGCCUAAAGAGAUAGGAGGGUGUCGUGUCCUUAAUGCCAACCCCAGCCUGAUCAAACCUAUCCCUGUCAAACCUAUGGAGAGAUAUCCCCAUCCUGGGCUACAGGAGAGGCCUGUUCAGGGUAGUCAAGGAGAGCCAGGCCCUCUCUCUGGCAACUCUGUUGGUGUCCAGCAGCCCAGAGCCGAGCUGGUCUCUCCAUGGCUGGGUCAGGGUCAAGAGGCCCAGGGUCCCUGCAUCAGGGGAAGCCUGGAGGUGUCCGCCCGGCGGUGGCCCGCUCCUUGUCCUACGACGACCCAGUCCAGGCCCAGCUCCAGGAAGGGGGUCUGAUCUCAGGCAGCAGCCCUCGCAGCACUGCCCUGCCUUCCAGAAGCUCAUGAAGGAUGCCGCCGCCUCCUCUCAGCCUCAGAACCAGCUCCAGGGAGGGGGUCCUAUGGAGCAGCUCCAGCGAGGGGGUCCUAUGGAGCAGCUCCAGCGAGGGGGUCCUAUGGAGCAGCUCCAGCGAGGGGUCUAUGGAGCAGCUCCAGCCCGUCUCAGAGUCAUCCGAGAACAGACUGCAUGAGAACGGAGCCCCCUCAGUCCUCCACCAUCGGACCCAGGCCAGACAAGACCCCAUCCAGAGACUGUUCCAGAACCAGCGCCACUUCCACCACCCCUUCAAUGACGACCUGUUGUUCUCGUCCUCCUCCUCUCCAGCAGCCUCCUCCUCUCCAGCAGCCUCCUCCUCUUCAGCAGCCUCCUCCUCUCAUCCCUGGUCUCCAGUCUGCCCAUCCUCAGCCUCUCCUGGUGGAUGUGUUGGGCUUCCCUGGUUCUCAACACCAUCACGUCCACCUCCCCCCCCACCAGGCCCAGCCGUUGUACUUCAGCCCCACCAAGCCCCCCCAGAUGCUGGUCCCCAUGUUGCCCUCACACCCCUCCCAGUCUCAACCUCCCCACCAACCCCAGCCUGGUCAUCCUCAACCUCAGUCACACCCCUGUCACCCUUUCCACCCCUUCCAGCAGCCCCAGCCCUUAUACCUCCAACCCCUGCCAGGUCACCCCCAGCCGGGGCAGCUAACUGGUGUCGUCUCCCCCCAUGAGCUGCUCCAGAGGCUGCAGCUGGUUCAACAGGAGCAGAGUCUGGUCCCGGAGCCCACUAGGCCUUCCUCUAACCUGGCUCCCCGCUUCCACGAGCCUGCCCCUCUAGCCCCCUCAGCCCCCCCAGCCAUGGGGCAGCACGGCCAGCAGGCGGCUCAUUCUACAGCCAGGUCUCUGGACAGUUUGGCUGACAAGAACUCUGCAGGCACCGCUGCUCAGAAGUUCCAGGUGAUCUCCCCCCAGCGUAUCCCAGCCACGGUGGCACCUACCCUGCUCCUGUCCCCCAGUGUCUUCUCCCAGGCCAAGCGCCCCCAGGCCAAAGCCUCUGGGGUCACCCACUGCCCCCCUGGCCCUCGUCCUCCCUCAGCCCUCCUGGCCCCACAGGCCCCUGACGACCCCCAACCCAGGGGCCUCUCUAAGAGCCAGCUCCAGGCCACCCUGCUGCACCUCAUACAGAACGACACUUCCUUCCUGGAUACCAUCUAUGAGUCCUACGCCCACCGCUUCUCCACGGAAGCCACCGCAAACAAGUUCUGAGGCCAGGGCCCUGUUUAAUGAGGCACCCAAUAGAAAACUGUUUCAAAACGCUUUGCAACGGAAGUGAAAAUAAGCAUUCUUCUGGGACAAUCCAGGGACCACCUCUCCCCUGCUUUGUCUG